GAAGCUUCUGCGCCUGGGCGGCGAGCCCUGGGAGGCGCCUGGACUCGGAAACGGCCCGGAGCAGCGAGCCUUGGAGGCCAGCAUGCCCUUCGGCGAGGCUCUGCGACCCUUCGUUGGCAUUUGCGAAGCCGGGCAGGAGCUGCACAGAAUCCUAUCGGACUGGCUGGAGGAAAUGCCGCCGCCUGGAGGGUCUCUCCCUGGCCUGCCUGCGUCUGCCCGCAGGGUCGCCUGGCGCUUCGGCCGGAACGCGGCGGGCUGUAGCAUCCUGGAGCGCGGCGUGGCCCGUCUCGUGGCAAGUGGCCUCAUCCCGACGGGUGCAUGGUACACCUCUCUGGUGGACCACAAUGUCUCAGCUUGGAGGAAGGACCUGCGGCGGCUUCGGACGAUGCUGGAUUGGAGCUUGCAGACGGUGACCUGGAAUCGGAUGCUCCUCACUGGUUGGCCCCUCCCUGCGAUACUUCAUCGUCUGCAGGAGGCCUACCUCAAAGAGGCCGUCUGCAGCGCGGCGGUGGAGGGCGGCUACGCGCUGCGCAGCCGCGCCGAGGGUUCCCCGGGAGUAUGGCUAUGCGUUGGCCGCAUGGAGGAUUUGGCAGCCGAAAGGCCGCGGAGGGGAUCUGAAAGGGACGUCGGGAAGACUCAGAAUCGGUUCAUGCAUGCCAUUGAGAUUCCCUGUUUGCUGCGAGCAGCUCUGGUCCCGGCGCUCCGAAGUCCGAAGGUGGCGGAUGCACGGCGAGUUCUCGGACUGCACAGCCAUUGCAAGGCUUCUGCGUGGCGGGUCUCCCGACGGCUGCCUUUUUGCCGAUAUCGGCGCCUCGACCUUGCAUUUGGGUUGUCCUGCGCCCGAGACAAUCAUCGUGCAAUGAAUUACGGCGAUGCGACGAUUUCGGUUAGCGGUUAG